AACUGACCACCCCUCGGCCCUUCCUCUCUGGGCAGUUAUGGCUGGCCCCUCUACUACUAGUCUACGACCCUGCCUCUUCCGGCCUGGUGCUUCUGAACAUGCUAAGAACCUUCCAGAAACUUCCGUAUCUGCGCCGCGGUUCACUAUACCUCCGCCGUUUCCACUCUAGCGCGCCGCCGCGGCUGCGUCAUGACGGCGACAUCGUCCGGUGGAACUCCGCCAUCACCGCGCACCUACGCGCCGGCAGGGUGGGCGCGGCGCGCCGCGUGUUCGACGAAAUGCCCGAGCGGAACGUGUUCACGUGGAACUGCAUGAUCUCGGGCCUCGUCAGGAACCGGAUGCUCGCCGACGCUCGCGGGGUGUUCGACGCGAUGCCGUUCAGGAACUCCGUCUCGUGGGCCGCGCUGCUGACCGGCUACGCGCGGUGUGGGAGGGUUGCGGAGGCCAGGGAGCUGUUCGAUCGGAUGCCGGAACGGAACGUGGUCUCAUGGAACGCGAUGAUUUCGGGCUACGUGCGGAACGGGAUGGUUGACAGGGCGCGGGAGCUGUUCGACAUGAUGCCAGUGAGGAAUGACGUGUCGUGGCUGACGAUGAUCUCUGGGUAUAUGAAGAGGAAGCGUGUCCGUGAAGCAAGGGAGCUCUUUGACUGUGUGCCUUCACCAUCGACUUCAGUGUGCAAUGCAUUGCUGUCGGGUUAUGCUGAACAUGGUUACCUGAAAGAUGCAGAGGAGCUGUUUGGUCGUAUGCAGAGACGGAACCUUGUUUCUUGGAAUGUCAUGAUCACAGGCUAUACGCAGGCUAGGAUGAUGGAGGUUGCGCAGAGUCUCUUUGAUGAGAUGCCUGAAAAGGACACUGUAUCUUGGACAGCCAUUGUGCGUGGGUACUUAAAGAAUGGUGAUGUUGAUGCCGCAUGGAAGCUGUUCCAGGACAUGCCUAACCGUGAUAUCCUUGCUUGGAACACAAUGAUGGGGGGCUUCGUGAUGAGUGAGAGGUUGGAUGAUGCAUUGAGAUUGUUCGCUGACAUGCCUGAUAGAGAUCUGGUAUCAUGGAAUACAAUCUUGCAAGGAUAUGUCCAACAAGGAGACAUGGAUAGUGCAAAUACCUGGUUUAGAAGAAUGCCAGAGAAAGACGAGACAUCAUGGAACACUUUGAUCUCUGGGUACAAAGAUGAAGGAGCACUAAGUCUGCUGUUGGAAAUGACCCGAGGAGGAUACAGACCGGACCAAUCCACUUGGAGCGUGGUUAUUUCUAUCUGUGCGUCUCUUGUUGCUCUUGGAUAUGGAAGAAUGGUGCAUGUUUGCACAAUCAAAACCGGCUUUGAGCAUGAUGCUUUGGUGAUGAGCUCAUUAAUAUCUAUGUACUCCAAGUGUGGGCUAAUUAUUGAAGCUUCCCAAGUUUUUGAGAUGAUUAUGCAACGGGAUACUGUGACAUGGAAUGCCAUGAUUGCAACAUAUGCUUAUCACGGUCUAGCUGCCGAAGCUCUGAAACUCUUUGACAGGAUGACCAAAGAUGGAUUUAACCCAGAUCAUUCAACUUUUCUGAGUGUGUUGUCUGCUUGUGCACACAAAGGGUAUCUAUAUGAAGGUUGCCACUAUUUUAGAAGUAUGCAACAGGAUUGGAACUUGAUUCCAAGAUCUGAUCACUAUUCAUGCAUGGUCGAUCUCUUAGGAAGAUCAGGUUUUGUACACCAGGCUUAUGAUUUUACAAGAAAAGUCCCUUCCAACCUUCAAAUAAAUGCAUGGGAGACUCUGUUUAGUGCAUGCAAUGCUCAUGGGAAUAUCCAGCUUGGGGAACUCAUAGCAAAAAAUGUUCUUCAGUCUAGACCUACUGAUGGAGGAAUGUAUACCCUCUUGUCAAACAUAUAUGCUGCUAAAGAGAUGUGGAGCAGUGCUGCAAGUGUUAGAAGUCUCAUGAAAGAGCGGGGGUUGAAGAAGGAGACUGGGUGUAGUUGGAUUGAGCUGAAGGGGGAUGUUGUUUCCUUUUCAUCAAAUGAUAAUGCACAUCCUUUGAUUGAGCGGAUAUGCCACGAAGUUGAUAAUCUUUCUGUUUUGAUAGAAGAGGCAAGUUAAAUGGCAACAUCCUUUGAUAUGUUUAUCAAAAGGAAUUCAGAUGGUUUCUUCGAGAUCAUUCACAACCACAUGCCUUCAAACACUGAUAUAUGGUAGAAGCCAUGAAUGUCCUAACUGAAAGUCUUUGGGAAGAUUACAUGGUCCUGCUGGGGUGGAUCUCGCUCAAUUCUUCUGUGGAGAUUCGUUCAAGAUCACAAUCACAGAAUUCAAAACAGCAUCAUGGUAACUUCCUUUGGAACCUGAUGGCUGUCCAUGGUUGAGAGAGUUAGCCAAGGUGAGUUACUGGACCCUCAAACCAGAUCCUUUCAUUAAAAUCGAUCCUACGUGCAGGUGGAACUCAGAAUUUGUAAUUGAUAUUUUCUCUGAAUAUGUCCCUGAUCUGAAAGGUGUUUUUUCCAGUAAAAUUGGGCAUACCUUAGAGCAACGAGAAAUGCUUCGUCCUCAAAUCACUCGGAUUAUGCUAGUGUUCACUGUUCAGUGGUCUUGUAGUUGGAACAUGCAGGCGCUAAAUAAAUUCAAAGUGUUCUUGUGGAGGUUAACCCAAACAGUUUACUUUUGAGGUGCAUUGUCAAAAGGAGUGGUGUUAAGCUAGACACAAUUUGCCUGACCUGCUGGAUGAUGGAUGAAGAUGGGGCUUAUUCCUUCUUCAAAUGCAAAGCAAUAAGAGCUUGCUCGCGACUUCUGCAGUUAGAAGAGCUGAGGUGCCAGGUAAUGUAGUUCAUAUCAGCAAGGAAGCUGUGCCGAUUUAAUGGGACAGGAAGCAGAAAAGCCAGUUUACCGAUUGAUUAUCAUGUUGAUGUGGUUGCCAAGGCAAGAAA